AUGGCGCAUUACACGAUUGCGCGCCCUGAUCCUGCGAAUCCUCCUGCGACCGACGAAGGAGAUCAAGGCUCUCAACCGAACGUGUACAUGACACUGUUGGUCGGAAGCGCUUUAGUGCAUAUCGAUGUGCUCAGAGGCGAGGAAGAGAUGGGCAGCUUGGCGGGGUCGCCGCAGGUUUAUCUUCCGAGGGGUGACUCGAGGGUAUUUAUCAGCGGCCUGCUUGCAGACGGAACUGUACUAGAGGAAGGAAGUUACAGCCUGCGGGUGAAAGCAUUGAGGAUCUUUGGAGACGAGGAGAAGGAUGAAGACUGGGAUGUUGUGAAGACGGUGGAGUUUGGCAUCAAGUAUGCUUCUUGA